AGGUGGAGGGAGCGAGAGAGUGGCGCGCGCUCUGGGGCUCGCGCCGAGGGCCCGCGCCCCCGCCUCGUGCCUGCGCCGCCCGUAUGUAAAUGAGGGCGCGUGACGCGGGACGCAGAUGGACAAGGGAAGAGGGAGAAUGGCCGCUGCUGCCGCCGCCGCCGCUGCCGCCGCCGCUCAGUGCCGGAGCCCUCGGUGCGCGGCGGAGAGGAGAGGAUUCCGGCGGGAACUCGAUUCUUGGCGCCACCGCCUCAUGCACUGUGUAGGUUUUGAAAGUAUUUUAGAAGGGCUUUAUGGACCAAGGCUACGAAGAGACCUCAGUUUAUUUGAAGACUGUGAACCAGAAGAGCUGACUGACUGGUCUAUGGAUGAAAAAUGUUCAUUUUGUAACCUACAGAAAGAAGCAGUCAGUGAUUGUACACCAACUCUUGGUUCUUCACAGUCAACGCCUACAGAGGAACUAUCAUCUCAGGGCCAGUCCAACACUGAUAAGAUUGAAUGCCAAGCAGAAAAUUAUCUAAAUGCACUCUUUCGAAAGAAAGAUCUUCCUCAGAACUGUGAUCCUAACAUUCCCCUAGUUGCUCAGGAAUUAAUGAAAAAGAUGAUACGUCAGUUUGCAAUUGAAUACAUUUCAAAAAGUGGUAAAAUUCAAGAGAAUAGAAAUGGUUCAGUUGGACCAAGUCUAAUAUGUAAAGGUAUCCAAAUGAAUCAAAUAGAAAACUCCCUUCAGGAAGAACAGGAAGGCCCCCUAGACCUCACUGUGAAUCGAACUCAAGAACAAAAUACCCAACAAGGGGAUGGAGUAUUAGAUCUCUCUACAAAGAAAACCAGCACAAGAUCUGAAGAGUCCUCAACAUGUGAUCCAUCUUCUGAAAAUUCUAUGUCUGGUUCAACUCUUGAUGCAAAAUCAGAGGAAGCUACUAAAAUGGAAAAAGGAAAAUCAACAUUAAACAAAGUUUUGGAAUCAUUGUGCACAUAUCAUCAGCGACAGAUUUUGACUAUGUUGAAAUUUUUAAUUCAAGAGCAAAAUGCUUCUUCACUUUGCAGUUGCAAUUCAUCACAUGCUCUGUCUUCAGAAUCUCAAAAAUCCCUCACUGAAGAUGAUUUGCAUGGUCUAUUCUGUAGUUGUGGUGAAUAUAGGCUGACAGAAAGAGGGUGUUUACAAAAUGAAAGACAAAGCCCUGGCUUAUCACCCCUUUCAAUGUGUAUUAAAGAUUUUCAUUGCUUAUCUUGCCAAACUGUAGCUAUUGAACACAUUAAGACAGUAGUUAAUAGAGAAAUUGCCAACAAUUACAAUUCCCACAGGUGCUGUUCUAGGCUAUUACAAAACUGUAACAAUCACUCUACAAGAUCAACCUUUUGUACUUCUCUUUCCUUACCUGAAGUAUGUGAUCUAUCAAUCAAUGUUAAAGAUACUAACAGAUCUCGGAGUCCUUCACCACCACCAUUAUCUCCCAUACAGACUGAAGGAUUUGAAAAACUUAAAGAUUCAAUCUCAGGCUUUUCAGCUUUUGAAAACAACAAACUUGAAGCAACUAUCAAUCAGCCUCCAUCUCUUAUACCAGCAGAAGACAACAAUAGCAGUUGUGAACAUGAAGGUAAAAUACGCAAAGCAAACAUAUCUGAUAACUCAGAUGACUCUUCUUUGCUCAUAGCUGAAGAAAGCAGCCAUUUUAUAAAUCAUGAAAAAGGUGAAAGUACUACAAUUUUUCAAGAUUUAAUGGAUCGGAUUAAUGAAAAAUUAAAAUCAAUUGAAACCACAGAUAUAACGAACCUUGUUAAAGUAUCUAGUAGUGAUAGUAAUACUGAAAAUGAUAAUCUAAGAUUAGGUGAUUUAAUAACUUCUCUUUUGCAUAAUGCAAAGGCUAGUGAUUAUAGUUUUAUGGAGCUAUUGAGUCAACAUGAUAAAAAAGUAGAAAAUAAAAUUAUACAGACAAGAUUCCGAAAGCGUCAGGAAACCUUGUUUGCAAUGCAUAACUCGCCUGAUUCACCUUUGUUUAGAAGGCAGUCUUUACAAAUAAAGAGAGAAAUUGCUAGCCUUGAUCAAAAUUUUGCAAGAAAAAAGUCAUCCUCUGAAAAAUUUUCAAAGAAAUUGAUACGCAAUGAUGAGAAAGUAUCAACAGACAAAGAAUCAUACAUUUUAGAAGACUCUGCUUUCCAAAAUCCCCAAAUCAUUCCAAAUUCACAUCAUGAAGAAGCAUCUACAUUUUUGCCAGUAUAUGAAAUACAAUCAUUGCAACUACCUCUUAAUACUUUGGAAAUGAACUCUAGUUUUGACACAAUUUCAGAAAGCUUUACAGCUACACCACCAGAAAAAACAAAACCACAGAAAGAAUUUGUAGCCGAAAAGAAAAUGCAAAAUCAUCGAGAAAAUCCUAGAUUAGAAAAGAAUCAUAUUCCCCUGAAGGAUGAUAUUACUGGACUUCUAAGUAGAAGUAGGCGAAAUAUUGUGCCUCCUGGAUGGUAUUCUGUAUAUGUAACAAAUAAUUUUGUAUUUAAAAAAUCUCCUAAGACCAAGAAGUCUACCGAAAAAGAUAUGAUGAAAGAUCUUCAAGGUGAUAGAGCAAAUAGCAUAGACAUAAAUGAAAUUGCAAGGAAUACAAAUUUGCAAGUUGUUGUGGAGCGUUUAGAAGAUACUAUAAACAUAGCCAAAAAUACAUUGGAUAAUCAGCCAUUAUCAGAAGGAUAUAAAAUAACUAAGAAACUGAAAGACGAUGUUAAUUAUAAAGACCAAAAUAUUUCUGGAAAUUUGAACCUUUGUGCGAAUGAAACAUGUAAAGAACAGAGUUUCUUAUCACAUUCUAAAGUGCCAUCCAGCAACAGUAAUAAAAGCAAUUGUCAUGUGGCAGUAGAACAUAAUGAUGUAAUGAAUCAAAGACUUGAUAGCCUCAAAAAAAAACCCUUAGAUUUGGGUAGUUUGACUUCAAAGACAAAGUCUGAAGUUGUAGAGAAUUCUUUUUCCAGUUACUCUAGUCCUAUUAAACUCAUGUUUCUCUCAGAGGUUAAUAGUAGUGAAGGAGUCAAAUAUACUUUAACUUCUGUCAGUACUUCUAAUGCAAACCUCUGUUCUUUUGAAAAACGUACAACUAGCUCAUCAGUAGGAAAAGAAGCUGAAAAAAGCAAGAGCAUUCCAAGUGCAUAUUUUGGAGAUUAUCGUAAUACAGAAAGUGACACUUCACAAGGGGAACAAGAACAAUCCAAUUGUGUAAAGGAACCUAUAGAAUCCUAUUCAAUAAAUGUAACUGACAUAAAUAGUUCUAAGCAGCCAGAAGAAUGUCUAGAUAAAUCAAACAGUGCUAGUGAGUCAUCUUUUAAAAGGAAACCGGGUAGGCCUAAAAAAAUAGGUCCUCAAGUAGUAAAACAAGUUAAGCGACCAAUUGGAAGGCCUCCAAAACCCAAAACUGAUAAGCUAGAGAGCACUAUAAGAAGAAGUGAGCAUAUCAACAGUUUGGGGAAGAAAAACACAGACUCUCUAGUGUCAGGUUUAAAUGAGGGUAUUAGUAGAAAAAGUAUCACAGUAACUGUUGUUUAUGGAAGGUCAAGAAGAAUUAAAAGACAGGUAUCCGAAGGUAGCUUUGGCAGUGCUUUAACUUUAAAUAAUAGUAGUGCUGAUUUUUUGCAUGAAUACAAUGGGCUGAAACAUAAAGGAACAGAGAUGGGCUUGGAUGAAAGAAUGAGUACUGUACCAAGUUUAACUACUGGCUAUGAACACAUCAGACCUAUCAAGAAUAAAUCUGUGUUACCUCAUCCUUACAGCAAUAUUAUCCGGACAAGCCAGAAGCCUUUGACAGUAAUUAGGAAACCUGGUAGACCUGCAAAAGUUAAAAUCUCUGGUAUAUCUGUGACUAUUAAUAGAGUUUCACCUCAAGAAAGAAAAGUAUGGAUAAGCAGCUGCUUGCCUCCUUUAGAUCAAGACAGUAUAUUAGAAAAAAGCUUAACAGAAGAGAAGCAUGAACACCAGUGCAAUAAAAUGGAUAAAGCAAAAAGCACUCAAGUGAAUUUGUUUGAGGAGAGAUCAAAGAACAUGGCCUCUCCAGUACCUUUGAGACAGUCUGUUAGGGACAGAAAGCCAUCACUACAUUUUUUACAUUCCCUAGCAUCUUCUAAUUCCUUUGCUUACAGAAACAACUUGCUACGGAAGUCAUAUAAACUACAUUUCCAAAAAACUAAAGAUAAAAAAGAAAAAUGCAAAUACUCAAAUCCAAAAUCAGCUUCCAAAGAUAAUUCAGGAACCAGAAAUUCAGGUAAUGCAAAAAAGAAUUCUGAUGAUGCUAAAUUCACAACUAUCAAUGAAGAAGUGUCAUUGGAUCCUAUUUUCUCAUCAAGCCCCUCUCUCAGGUGGUGGGCAACUACUACUUCAAAUGCUUCCUUGUUAGAGGAGCUAAAUAAUAGAUUUGAGCAGAUAACUAAUGCUUGGGUGCAAGUCAGUGGAAAUGAAACAGAUAAUUGUCUUCAUGAAGCAAGAGGCCACUUAGAAGAAGAUAGUAGUUUUAAAGUGCCAAGCCCUUUGGAAACCUGCCUUUUAGAACUUAAAGUCUCACCUGUAAAAAUGCUUUUUCAGAAAAAGUGUGAUAUGAAUGAGCUGUGUACCUGGUUUAUGCAAACAACAGAAACACAAUCUCUUUCACUAGUUAGAAAAGCAAAUGCUCGAAAUCCUUUGGAAGUAAUUAAUACCAGAGGAAUCAAAGUUGGAAACAAACAAUCUGAUCAUAAUACUAGCCUUUUCAGAAAGCACUUUAAAAAAUUUGCACUAUCCUCUCCUUCAAAAUCAGCAGGGAAAUUACAGAUAUUGCGUAAAAUUGUUAGAUCUCCAGUCUUAAAUGUGAAAAGUAAUUUCACACUAGCCAGAUUGAGGAGAACUGAAUUUAAGAGACUACAGCAUGAAAGAUGGAGACAAGUAAAAAAACUUCACAAUCAUGGAACUGUUGAUUGGAAAUCUAAAAGAAGAAAUUUAAGAUUUUUCUGCCAGAACCAGUUUUUAAAUAAGACUACAGGGGGGACAAAUGCUGACAUCACACUUCAAGGGAAGAGCAAAGCAGAAAACCAGCAGUUAGUCUUAGCACCUGAAAUCAGGGAUGCUUUUUUGCAACAGAAGGUAGAAUUGCCUGACUACAACACACAUGCUAGCUUAGAAAGCAUUUUUAAAUUACAUGCUAAAGAGAAUGAAACAAAUUACAGCCAUAAAGAUUUUGGGAAAGUGUCAAGACAAGGAAAAGUGUGUUCAGGUUCUUGGAGGUCAAAAACCUUUAAAGACUGUAGGAUAUUUUUGAGGAAAAUCAAUCAUAUUGAACAAAGAAAUCAAUUUCAGCUAAAUACAAUCAUUUACUCUCCCGAAUCUGUUGAGAGUGGAAGUAAUCAUCAGACUUAUGUUGAAGAGGCAAAGCCCUGUAACUUAAGAUCCCAUUCGGCCAGGCAAAAUUCUCUUAAAAGGCAGUCUGAAGCAAUAGAAAAAUCUAAAGCAAACAAUUCCUCGCCUGACACAUUUGCUAGCCAACUUGAUGGCAAUAAAUUAGACAAGCAUAUUAAGUUUGAUAAGAAUGCUCCUGAUAGUUCUGAAGUUCUUAGUAAAUUAAACAAAAGAAAAAGACCCUCAUGGAAGAACACUGAAAUGUCAACAAAAAGACAUAAACGACAAUCUUGUAACAGUGGACAAAUGGCAAACUAUUAUUCAAAAUACCAACUAGAAUCAAGCUGUUAAAAACCAUAUCAGUUGUAAGAAAACUCAGUAUUGGUGCCUUUCAGAGACUCUACUCCAAACCAGCAGGCUGCUUUUUGGCUGAAAUUUGAUUUCCUGUAUUGGUCUAACAGCUGGCAAACCUUGCUUUGGUUUACACAUUGAAGCCAAGCAGUCAAGACAUUUUGGUGUGAUUCCUGCUGAUUCAUUGACAAGAAAGGGUGUAAUUUUGUAUUUGGAAAUGAAUGAGUUAAAUAUUAUGUAUCAUGCUAUAAAAUUUAAGACUAAGAACUUAAAAAACUAAUUAAACAGACAUAAUAUAUAAUUAAAAGAAAACAUGAAAGGUAAUGUGGUUAGUUUUGGGACUUUUAACAUGAUGAAAUGGGACAGUUAACUCUUCAGAAAUAAGCAUUUUAAAAUAGUAAUUUUAACAAUAUGCUAACAUUCAAAUUAAAUUGAAAUAUUUAAUAAAUAAUAUUUCCACUAUUGUAAUAAAGAAAUUGAACUUAAAAUGUGCUUUUGCUUUUUAGCAUAGACAAGGCCAGACAGUAAAUAACUUUGGGGAGAAAAUUUAAAAAUACCCAGUAAUUAUGAACAAACAAUUUAGUUUUUAUAAUUAACAAGAAAAUGGAAAUCUAUAAAGAAAUUGAGCAAUUAAUAUGUGAAACUUAAUUUUCCUUCCCCCAACCUCCAAUAUAUCAUACUCAUUUCAUAAAGUUACAGUUUCCAAAAGUAAAAUAUUCUGCAUAAAGUUUUAAUGUAAUACUAUGUUUGCUUCUUAAAGUUUAUCUUAUGCUCUCAAGCAAAAAGCAUGUGAAAUCAUUGCAGGAAAAAAAAAUUGAAAAAUGUUAACAGUGCCUUUUUAAUGAAUCUAGGAAGAGCUUUUGCAUUUCAGCUUUUUAAAAAAAAAAAACGGGGGGGGGUGUAUUACUAGAAUUGUUCCUUAUGCUGUUUUCCCAUUUUUAAAUAAGUCAUUUCUCUUUCCAGAAUUUCCUGUUAUGCUUAGAUUUUUAUUUACCUUUUGCUGAUAACUUUCCUUCCUUUUUUUUGAAGAUUUUUAGUCGUGUUUUAUUUUUUAAAUAACAUUUUUUACAUUAAUAUCUGAUUUUUAAGUGUUUUCUUAAACUUCAUUAUUUUAGAUUGCUUUCCCAUCCUUUUUCUAUUCUCUUUGAAAUUAUUUUCAAUCUCAUUGUUAGAUUUGUUUUCAUUGCUCUUUUCCAUAGCAUAGUAAGUGACCAACCUUGGGGAAAAUAUUUAACCCCACAACUUUGUCAGAAAAAUUGAGGGUUUGCGUGUGAUCAGUUAAGGAAACCUGUUGAUGAAAUGUUUGUUCAGGAAUUUGAGUUUUUUGUUGGUUUUGAAUUUUUAUGAGAUGUCUUAGUUUUGUAAAAUUGAUUUCUUUUAAUAUGCUUUUUCAUAUUUGUAUAGACCAAAUGUUAAAAUACACAUAUAGGAAAGGAAAUAGUCAUAGGACUCAGCAGAUAUUUUAGUUCAUCUUUGAGAGAUGCAAAGAAAUGUAUAAUCCUAUUGAGAGAAAAUAUAUAAUGAAAAGAAGGUAAGUAAUCAUGUAAGACAUUGGCAUAUGAUGAAGUACCAAUUAAAUGGUAUAGACAGGAUUUCUGAAUUCAAAAGAAUGAUCUCUGUAAUGUAUUUUUUAUUCAACAUUUAUUUAGAUCCUUAUGAUGCUUUCUGACAAAGUCUAGAGGUAAAUAAAAAUGGUCUCUGCUUUAGUCUGUCAGCAAUAAGAGAAUAAAAACGAAGUACAGAUAAUCACAUGUUACAUGAAAAAUUGAUUCAAAAGCAGUGAGAGAAAGUUCUCUGAAGUCCCAGUUAGGAAGUUCUUUAUUAGCAUGAGGAUCUUGUUAAGGCAGUAUUUGAAUUGGGUUUUAGACAAUACACAGGAAUGAGGAGCAAAGGCAUUCCAGAGAUUAGAAAUAGUCUGAAUAAAGGAUGGAUGGAAGGAUGGAAGCACAAGGCACAGUCAGAAAUGAAGAGAUGCUGCAACCCUGGGAAAUUGGGGGGGGGGGAUGGAUUGUGCUGGGUCUGACGAGCACCUACUAUGUGCUGAGCACUCUUACAAGUAAGAAAGAGAAUGCCAGGCGCUGCCACUAACGGGAAAGCCAGAAAGGGUGUGUCCCUCCCGAAGGGCAGCUUGAGUUGAGGCUGCACAGAUGCAGGGGCAGCCAGAGGCCCCCCAAGCUCCCCUCUGCUGGGGCUGGCCCCGGGCCCAGUGCAGAGGAGGACAAAGUCGGGGAGGGGUGAGGAGAGGAGGAGGGAUGAGCCUCCCUGGAUUUGAAGCCAGGCUGAACUGCAGAUCCAGGUGGAGUUGGUUGGGGUUAUGGUCCUCGAACAGUGGUGGAGGAGAGGAGCAAGGAGGGAGACCUGUCAAAAGCUCCAACCGCCAUGGUAAGAAAAGCUUGUACCAAGGUGGCAGCAGAGAAAAGGAUGAAGUAGGUUACACAAUCGAUCUUGAUAAUUGCCUUUUGCUAACUUCUCCUAUCCAGAAAUAAACCCAAGAAUACAGACGGGUGGGGAGUGACUGGGUUAGGCCAGGGAAUGGAGGGGGAGAAUGUAGAAUCAAUUAGACUAGGUUUCAAGUACCAGGGGGGUAUUCUAUAGUUUUCUUGAAUUGCAGUAGCUCCCUAUUACUCCUAGAAUCAAAAGUAAUCCUUGUCACCUGGCUCUGCAGCUGCUGUUUCUUUGCCUUGCAGAGACUCUACCUGCCAUGAAUUCCCUUCUCAUUCUUUGUUUCUUAGGAUCCUUAGUUAAACAUGACCUCCAGGAGGCUACUUUGGAGUCACUUUGUGUAUAUAUGUGUGCAUUUACACACACCCAACUCUGUUUCCCUAAAUAGAAUGGAAGCUCCUUAAGGGCAAGUGCAGUUAAAUUUUGGUCUUUGUCUCUGUGGUACCGAGAAGGGAGGUGCUUAACUUGUUCCAAGUGUAGUUAGAGAUGGUUUCUCUAAAGAAGGAUUUCAUUUAGAGACAACCUGUCAUCCAGAUUGUUCACUGGAAUGGCUUUGAUAGCUGAGAAUCUACCACUUUCUAAAACAGUCUAUUCCACUUUUUAAAUAAUCCUAAUUUAAUAAGGAAGUAUUUCUUUAGAACAAGUCUAAAUUUGCCCCUUUGCCACUUAUUCUCAUUUCUCCUUGUUGGGACUUUUAUGAGUGCUACAUCACACUUGAGUUAGAGCAAGUUUGUGGUUUACCCAAGCCCCUUUAUUUUAAAUAAACAUAAUUUUUUUACCUCCCUGCCUUUACUUCUAAAGUUGAUUUUUGUAGACCAAUCUUAUUAUACUUGGCCUCCUGAGAGGCUAGCUUGAUUCAAGGGAGAGAGGAGCAACCUGAUUCUGUUAUUGCAUUCUCACAAAACAGUUAUGUCCCUCUAAGCCUUGUCCAAAUGAAGCAUCUUGUUUAUCAGAAUUUAAAAGGGGGACAGCUGGGUGCUUGAAUGGAUUGAGAGCCAGGCCUGGAGAUGGGAAGAUCUGGGUUCCAAUAUGGCCUCAAACACUUCCUAGCUGUGGGACCCUGGGCAAGUCACUUAACCCCCAUUGCCUAACUAAUGCACAGUUCUAAGACAGAAGGUAAAGGUGUAAAGGGGGAGGGGAAUUCAUAUAAUAUACUCAUAGUAUGGAGGACCUCUAUCCUGGUUAUUCUUUUUUUCCCUCCCAAACCCUUGCCUUCCAUCUUGGAAUCAAUACUGUAUAUUAGUUCCAAAGCAGAAGAGCGAUAUGAAGUAAGCAGUGGGGUUUAGUGAUUUGCCCAGAGUCAUCAUAUAUCUAGGAUGUGUCAGAGGCCAGAUCUGAGCCCAAGACCUCCUAUUUCUAGGCCUGGCUCUCUAUCCACUGAGACACCUAUCUUCCCCCUUUUCCUGGUUAUUCUGGAAAUCAGAAGUUCUUGAUUCAUUUUUGCAUGAUAGAUCCCUAGAGCAGUGUGGUAAAAAUCUCAGACUCCUCAAAAAGAUGUUUUUAAGUGUAUAAAAUAAAAUAUAUAAAACUAUAAAGAAAAAUAAUUUCAUUGAAAUGUAGUUAUCAAAAUAUUUUUUAAAACAAGUCCAUGAAUCCCAGAUUCAGAACCCUAGUUCUCAAUAGUGUCUUUUAAUGCAACCUUAUUCUUUGCUUUAAUGCACAAUGUUGACUCAGGGAAAACUUGUAAUUCACUAAAACCCCUAAAUCUUUUUCAGAUAAAAUGCCUAAUCAUGCUUUCUGCAUCUUUUACUUUCAAGUUAAUGUGUGAAGUACCAGGCUUCAUAUUUUUCAUUUGGCAUACUGUUCUUAGUCUACAGAGUUUGGAAAUCUUUUAGGAUCUUGCCUGUCAUACAUAACAUUUUAAUCAUUUGUUCCUGUUUGAUAAGAUUGGCAUUGAUACUUUUCUUCACAAGUCUUUGAUAAAAAUGCUUUUUAAAAAAAAGAAAGAGCAAAGGACUAACCACAGAUCCCUGGAAAUUCUACUAUGAUCCAUUAUAAUGACUACUUUUGGAGUAAGGCAGUUACUCAUAGAGUGUCCAAGUCUUCAUAAUUCGUAAUAUGCUUCCUCUUGCUCAUAAAAUAUCAUGCAAAAAUUUAUUUCAUGCUCAGCUAAUUGUUUAUAUUAACAUUUCUUACCAAUCUGGUAAACCAGUCAAAAGAAAUGAAGUUAGUCUGAUAUCCCCUGUUCUUGAUAAAGAUAUGCCAGCUCGUCAUAAUAACCUUUUCCCUUUUCAAAUAUUAAAAAAAGAUCUUAUGUCAUUCUAGGAAUUUGGCCAGGAAUAAUUCUCAUUCUCUGUGACUUUUCAAAUAUCGCACAGUCGCUCAAUAAUCACAUUUAGCAGUUCCUUCUGUUUCAGUACCCUGGAAUGUAGAGCAUUUGGGGCUGGGGACUUGAAUUCAUUGGGAGGAGCUACUCUCUCCUUAAUUACCUUGGAUUUCACUUCCCUGCUAACAUUUUUGUUGUCCUUUUAAGCCCAAGGAUCAUUCUCCUUAACAGAGAGAUCAAAAGCAAAAUAAAGAACUUAAUAGUUCUUCCUCAUCUCAUUUCUAAUUAUCUCAGUCAAGAAAAGAGUGCUGCUUUUGGAAUCAAUGUCGGUUCAAAUCUUGCUUAGUCACUUAGACAUCACCUGACGUAAGCCUCGGUUUCCUCAUCUAUAAAGGAAGGUUUCUUCCAAUUCUUAAGUCUGUGAUCCUAUCAUUGUCUCAUCCUGCCCAGGAAAAGUCCUGGGUCUUUGGGAGUUGUUGUUUUUUUUUUAAUAUAGCUACGCAAAAACAAAAAGCAAAAGACUCUGCCCUUGAUUUAGAAAUUAAAUAUAAGACAUUGUUUUACCCAGGUGCUCUGUGACUUCUACAUAGGGACUUCCCAAAAUGAAAACUUCUUUCGUCAACUCACUGCAACCCAUCUCCAGUAUAAUUAAUUACAAUCCUAGGGAAUUGUAUAAGGAAUUUAGAGGUGGCGAUUUUCCUGUGUCUGUGAAACUAGUAAAUGGAACCUAUCAUCCAUUUCAUUAUGGAUUUUAAAAAUUCAGGUUAACAGACUGAAUUAAAUUUUCAAAUGAAUUCAUGGAGGUAGAGUGUAUAGAAUUUGAUUCUUAUGAUAACUAAUAUAUAGUGCUUACUAUGUGCUAGACACUAGGCUAAGCCCCUUAUAAUUAUCUCAUUUGAUCUCACAAUUAACCUGGGAGAUAGAUGAGGAAGCUCAGAUAGGUAGACAGAGGCUAAGUGACUUACUCUGGGUAAUCCACCUAAAGAAGUGGCAGAAUUUGAACUCGGGUCUUUCUGACUCCGCAGGCCUAGCAUUCCAUCUGCUUUGCCCCCUUCAUGUCAUAUAUAUUUUUCAUCUGGCCAACUAAGGAACAAUGUAUCUAGCACUACUAUUUCUUCAUUUUCAGCCUCCCAGAAUACCUAGGUAUGUGUUUGUUUAUACACGUUUGUGUAUAAGUUUCUUUUCACAAUUUGGGCUUCACUCGUGUAUAUAAUGACCACAUAGUCAGAAUGGUAAUCAGCUUUUGUUUUCACCCCUAGAGAAUAUUAAAAAAAAAUAACAGUGCAUUUCUUUAAUUUAAUUUAAACCGCUUUUUUUUUAAACAGAUUUUAAACCCCAACUCUUUAAAUUAUACUACUUAACAUACUCAUUAUUUGAAGUGUAUUUUGGGGCCAGUUUUUUAUUUGUUUUUUAGAUCAAUAACAUUUAAUGAUUUUUUCAUUCUUGGUGUCCUGAGUUACUUUUUUCCUCCUUUAAAAUAAAUAAGUAACUUCUCUAGGAGAUAACUAUCCAUGGAAACAAAAAGUCUUUUGUUGCACAUGGUCCUUAGACACCUCUAGUAUUUUCAAACAGCAAGAUAAAGAUUCUGGGUUUAUAUCGAAGUAAAGUGCAAUAUCAGUAUGUAUCUUUAUCAAAUAGUUGUGAUCCUAAUGAGUUGCACCUAAAUCAAAUUUGUGAAAUUCCAAUUAAAUUUCAAAUGCUUUACAAAAGUUUACUGUUCUAAGAAAGAUUAACUCUUUUUGUCAUUCAAGUAAUCCACUGAUUUAUAAGCCAGUUCUAGUUUUUAUCAAUUUAACCUUUAAAAUGCAGUUACUUUGUAUGGGUAUAGCUUUGGUAAGGACCAGUCCAGAAAUAUAAGUUGCCAUCCAUAAAAUAUACUUAAAUAGAAAAAAUAUAGACCUCAUAAUUAAUUUAAGAAAACUUUAUCAACAUUCUAAAAGUAUAAUUAUUACUUAAAGUAUAGGUAUCUUUGGCCAAAAAGAGUUUUUUUUGGAGAAGUUGUGAUCAUUUUAACACAUGAUCAAUACACCCUGCAGACAAUUUGAUGGAAUAAUCCAUGCUAUUGUAUAUGAAUUUCAGAGGUAUUUUCAAGUCAGUUUUUUUAUUGUUAGAAUAAAAGUCAGUGGUUUAGCUUGAUCCCUGUCAACAAGGCUUCAUCUAAAACUCUAGAAAACUUUUUUUUUGCAUUGUGAGAAUUUAGGACCUGGCCUACAUAGGAACUGACCUAUUGCCACUGCCCC